AUUAACUAUUUUUUUAAUUUUCGUUGUAAGAUUUUGUAUUUUUAUUUCAUCUUUCACUUUCAUUUAAUCUUUCUCCUGCUUUUUCGUCAUUCUUUCGCUGGAUACGAAAUGAGAAUUGCCGUCUGUUUUCAGUAUAAUAUGAAAUGUUCAUUUUGAUAUAAUCCACCAAAUUUUUAGACAAUCAAAAUUCAUAAAAUUAGUAAAUUUAGUCAGUAAUGAAAGUAAGAUGAAUAAAAAGCGUGGUUAGUUACGUGGUUACACAAAUUAGUCGUUACAUCUUUAUGUCCUUACAUAUUGCCUAUAAUCAAUUUUCUCUCUGCUUUUACCAACUCAUUUCCGUGAACGAGGUGUAAGGUGAUCAUACUUUUAAACCAAGGUUUUACUUUAAAAUGUGGAGUGUUUAUUUACUAUUUGCGAUUUUUCCAAUUUUGUUUUUAAUUAGACAAUUAUGUUUAAAUCUAUAUAAAGAACAUAAAAACGUUUGUAUUGUUGUUCUUGGAGAUUUGGGUAGGAGUCCUAGAAUGCAAUACCAUGCGAUGUCAUUUGCGAAAGAAGGUUACACAGUGGAUUUUAUAGGUUAUCCCGGUUCAUUACCUUUAAAAGAAAUAAGAGAAAAUUCUUCUAUACAUAUUUAUUAUCUUCAUCCUCCCCCAGAUAUAGAAGAUAGAUUGUCUCGUUUACCUUAUUAUGUAAUAAAAACGAUAUGGCAAACAUCUAACCUUAUAUGGAUAUUAUUCACUAAACAUAUAUCAAAUUAUAUAUUAAUACAAAAUCCACCUGCAAUACCAACAAUUCUAGUUUGUUGGUUUUAUUCCAUAGUUGUUGAUUCAAAAUUUAUUAUUGAUUGGCAUAAUUAUGCACAUACUCUUAUGGCAUUAACACUGAAAGAUGACCACUUACUUGUAAAAUUUGCAAAAGUAAUUGAAACAUAUUUUGGUUCUAAGGCACAUUAUAAUUUUUGUGUGUCUCAAGCAAUGAAGGAAGAUUUACAAUUGAAAUGGGGCAUCAAAGCUGAGGUAUUAUAUGAUCGACCAUCAAAUGAAUUUCAGCCUAUAUCAUUAACAGAAAAACAUACAUUUUUAUUAAAAUUAAGUGAAAAAUAUAAUGUAUUAAAAGGUUCUGAGGAGAACUCAACUGUAUUUACGAAAUAUAUAGAAAAUGAAGCACAAUUAUACUCUAAAAGGCCUGGGUUUAUUAUAUCAAGUACAAGUUGGACAGAAGAUGAAGAUUUUUCAAUAUUGUUAAAUGCAUUACAGGAAUAUGAAAAUACAUUUGAACAAGAUACUUGUAAACUACCAGAUUUGAUUUGUAUGAUAACUGGUAAAGGUCCUUUGAAAGAAUUUUAUACGGCUAUUAUAAAACUAAAGAAUUGGAAACAUGUCAUAAUCAUGACACCAUGGCUUGAAAGUGAAGACUAUCCUAAAAUGUUAGCUAGUGCAGAUUUAGGCAUUUGUCUCCACAUAUCAUCUAGUGGAUUGGACUUACCUAUGAAAAUUAUUGAUAUGUUUGGUUGUGAGCUUCCAGUUUGUGCAUAUAACUUUAAAUGUUUAUCAGAACUUAUUAAAAACAAGGAGAAUGGAAUGAUUUUUUCGAAUGACAAAGAACUAGCAGAACAAUUGAAAUCAUGGUUUGAAGAUUUCCCUAAUAACGAUAUUCAACACCAAUUGGAUACAAAAUUUCGCGAGGAGUUACAUAAAUUUCAAAAAAUUCGGUGGCAUGGUAACUGGUCUUCUAUUGCCUUACCUUAUUUUAAUCAAUAAUUUAUGACUGUAAUUUCGUUAAUGCAUAUAUUAUUUUUAUUAUAGCCUUUAUAAUAUAUAUUUUGUUCAUUUA